AUUUGAUUGACAGCAUAAGCAUCAAAAUGUCAACCCAGCAUGUCCUACUUACCGGCGCGAAUGGUUUCGUAGCCUCUCAUAUCUUGUCCAUCCUAAUAGAUAGGGGAUACUCUGUGACAGCCACCGUCCGUUCUCAGGACAAAGCGGACGACAUCAUCAAGACGCAUCCUGAGUGGAAGGGAAAGAUCGAAUUCGCAAUUGUCUCUGACUUCACGUCCACCAAGCCAUUCGAUGAUCUUUUUCAGAAUGCAAAAACGCCGUUUAAUUAUGUCAUCCACACGGCUUCGCCAUUGAGAUUCCAGGUCUCCGAUAUCCGGAAGGAGAUGAUCGAGCCUGCGGAGAUGGGAACGACGGAAAUUCUCAAAGCAACUCAUCACUACGGUGGUGCGGCAUUGAAGCGCUUUGUCCUACUAGGCAGUGCUGUAUCCGUCCUCAACUCCUUCGAGGACAUGUGUCGCGAAGGAAAACCAUAUACCGAGAAAGACUGGAACCCGGUGACAGCAGAACAAGCUAUCGAGCGAAGUGACCCCGUACUAGGCUACAAUGUAUCCAAGACGCGCGCAGAAGCCGCAGCCUGGGAGUUCAUGAAACGAAACUCGCCAUCCUUCGAGCUGGUUGUUAUUAACCCGGAUAUAAUUACGGGACCAAUGCUCCACCCUAUCUCGGGGCCUAAGUCGAUCAAUGAGACUAAUCAAUUCGCUAUUGGAAGUUUUAUCGAUGGCACGCACAAGCAGAUUGAGGGAGUAGCAUUCCCUUUUUACCAUUUUGUUGACGUCCGCGACGUCGCACGCAGCCAUGUCGACGCACUCGCCAACCCAGCGGCACCAAACCAGCGCAUUCUUCUCAUCUCAGGGCUCAUUGCACCUCAGUUAGUGGCUAACACUAUCCGUAAAAACUUCCCGCAGCUCAAGGAUCGGGUUCCCGAGGGAAAUCCGGCCCAGAGUCUACCCCCGGGAAUCCACCCGACAGGGUGGGACAUGCGUGUUAGUCUGGAUGUUCUUGCUAAGGGAACUCCGGAGAAAAAGUGGGAGUAUGUGGAUCUAGAGACUAGCAUUACGGAUACGGUUCGGUCGAUGAUUGAGAAUCGUGUUAUUUAGCUCUAUGUCUACCAGAUUGUUUAUUUCUUACAAAUAGCCGGGGUUGAUAGGGAGGUUGAGUAUUCUUCCUGUGCCAAAUAUCUGUGCACUGUGUAU